GACUGGGAUAAGGCAGGCCUCUAAUGACUGAGGGGCUGAAAGAUGUUCACGUUUCCUGUCGUCUUUUACACAGGCGUCCUAUAAAAUGAUACACCAUUCAUUAUAGACGCUAAUAGUGGCACUUGAGCCUUGAAACUUUUGUUAUGAUAAAGGAGUCUCAGCAACCGCUCCCUACCUUUUCAAUGUAACUGGCUACUGCCACCCCACUGCACGCUAGCCGUGGAGAUCAGAAAUUUGGACCGUUUAGUAUGUGAGAGCCACAGAUCUGCCGACUUGACGCGCAUUAGAAUUGUUUUCAAGUAUAGUCUUCGUUUUUAUUAAUUACGACGCCUUUGAAAUUCAACCCCAAAGGUACAAGGACGUUCAAAAUAUCUUCAACGAACAUGUAUCACAGAUGGACUCAAAGCUGUUAGAAUGUCGUCAGAAUCUGAAGUACACCAGACAGAGCUAUUGAAUGAGCAGCAUGCAGUGAACUCUGAAAGUAGUUCCAUGUGGCAAGUGACUGACAUAACCCGUCUGCGCCGAUUUCUCUGUUUUGGUUAUGAGGGUGGGACAUACUACACCAGUGAGGACAAACUUAAAAAAGAGAACGCUCAGGCCAUAUUGAGACUAAUAGAAGAAGGUAAAGGGACUGAGGUUGUCCAGGAAAUAAAGACUUUUGGUAACGAAGGCAAAACAGUCACACAAGAACCUGUUUUGUUUGCUUUGGCUCUUUGCACGCAGUGCUCAGAUGCUUCCACAAAACAAGCUGCGUACAAAGCACUGGCUGAAAUCUGUCGCAUUCCAACCCAUCUAUUCACAUAUAUUCAGUUUAGAAAGGAUCUCAGUGGUGGGACGAAAUGUGGUAUAUGGGGAAGAGCCCUAAGGAAAGCAGUGGCAAACUGGUACAACAGUAAAGAUGGGAUGACUAUCGCCAUGGCAGUUACAAAGUAUAAGCGGAGAGCAGGAUGGUCACACAAAGACUUGCUUCGGUUGUCACAUUUGAAGCCAGCUAAUGAAGAUCUCACUUUAGUCACUAAGUAUAUUAUGAAAGGUUGGAAGGAGGUCGAAGAAGUCUACAAGGAUAAGGACAACUCUGAUGGAAUCCAGCAGUUAUUGAAGUAUUUCGAAGCUGUGGAGAGAGUAAAAAUUACCCAAGAUGAGCAUGAAGUUGCUCGACUUAUUGAGGAGUACAGGUUGGUCAGGGAACACCUACUGACGAAUCAUCUGAAGUCACAGGAGGUGUGGAGGGCAUUAUUGAAGGAUAUGCCUGUUAUUACAAUGCUUAGACAUUUGGGAAAAAUGACUGCUGAUUCCAUUCUUAAACCAGAAAGUGAAGCAGUUACCAUAGUGUGUGAAAGACUGAACAAUGAGACUGUCUUAAAGAAGGCUGGAAUCCAUCCAUUUCACAUUUUGGUGGCUCUAGAAACAUACAAGGGAGGAAAAGGAAACCGAGGAAAGCUAAAGUGGAAUCCUAAUCCAGAAAUUUUAGUAGCACUUGAUCAGGCAUUUUAUAAAGCUUUCAAGAAUGUGGAACCAAUGGGAAAGCGCUUUGUUUUGGCCUUAGAUGUCAGCUCUUCCAUGUGCAGUCAGGUCCUAGGAUGCAGAGUACUUUAUGCUAAUCGUGUUGCUGCAGCUAUGUCAAUGGUAAUUGCACGCACAGAAACCAAUUUUACAAUAGUUGCUUUCUCUGAUGAUAUGGUUCCAAUACACAUCAGUUCAGAAAUGACAAUGGAUGAAGUAUUUACUGCCAUGCAUGCGGUCCCUUUUGGUGCCACGGACUGUGCUCUCCCAAUGUUGUGGGCUAUUAAGACAAAAACUGUUGCAGACAUGUUUCUUGUCUUUACUGAUAAUGAGACAUAUUAUGGAAAUAUGCAUCCUGCAGAUGCUCUAAGAGAAUACAGAAAGAACAUGGGCAUUCCUGCCAAAUUGAUUGUUUGUGGAUUGGCUUCUAAUGGUUUCACCAUUGCUGACCCGGAUGACAGAGGCAUGCUGGAUAUUUGUGGUUUUGAUUCUGGGGCUCUGGAAGUCAUUCAAAACUUUGCAUUGGAUUUGAUUUAAAUAUUGGAAGAAAUCAUUGAAUUAUUUAGUCAAAGAGUAAUUACUCAUCAGGUUUCCAAGACUGCAUAAAUGAAAUACACACAUAAUGGGUUGCUAGGUUCUUGGUAGAGUGCCUGUUUGAAUUAACAAGACACUAAAUGGCAUAGGAGAAAGUGAGGACUGCAAAUGCUGGAGCUCAGAGUCGAGAGUGUGGUG